UGCAUUUGCUGAUAAGAAGGAAACAAUCAUUUCAAUUGCAUCAUUCCAGAAUACUCUCGUCUACCACUAGAAACAUGGAGUCAGCCAACCGGCAUCAGCGCUUCAGGUGUUUGCUUUGUCCGGACACGGCAGUAUUUGACAACGAGACUAGCAUCAAUCUCCAUUCCGAUCAUCCAAAGCAGCCUCUAAUCUCGGACGAGCUCCUGCUGGCUCAGUUCGGUACAAAAGCUGAUGAACCUGAACACAACGAGAUCAACGUGUUCAACUGUCCGUACUGUGAUCGUCAACGACUCAGCAUCUCGACCUUGUACGAUCAUCUCACGCUGGAACAUCUGGAUGUUCCGUUUAGCGUUCGCUGUCCGGUUUGCGUCUGCUUUCGUGGCCAUGUUUCGAUCCCGAAUGGCGUACAUCUAACAAAACAUCUUGCAGAGAAGCACUGUUCUACACUUGAGCAAUACCAAGCCCACAUUACGGUCUACAAAAUGUACGGCGAUGGAGAAUGUGAAUUGUUACGUUUUGUUGCUUCUACAUUACCACCUACAUAUUGCGAGAACGGGGUUCCUAGAAAACAGUCUGCUGAAAAACCUUCUCAGCGUAUGUGCUCUAUUUGCUUGGAACUGGUGGGCGAGCACAACUGUCGGGAGCUGACCUGCAGACACAAAUUUCACGCGGGGUGCAUCGAUCCGUGGACGGCGCAAAACGCAACUUGCCCUGUGUGCAGAACCGCCGUAACGUAACGGAACGUGAUAAUCUACCGUCAGCUGGGGUGAAUCGGGAUUUUUUUGGUAC